AUGCAUUGUCAAAUAUCAAAGCAAAAGCAAAAGCAAAUAACCUGCCCAGAACUGACUGACCGGCUGAAAAUUCCAGACAUCGAGGUCUACCUCUCCCGCUCCCUGGGCCUCUCGCUGAGCGUGCUCGGGGUGAUCGUGCUGUUCUUCACGGGCACGAUCCCCUUGUCGUCGAGCAUCGCCGCACCCAUCGCCAGCCUCGACGACAGCACCGACCCAAAGGCAUCCUAUGCAGUGCCCAUCCUUCGCGUCACCAUGCUGUUCCACCUCUUGACGGCGAUCUACUGCUACAUGCGCUACGUCAAUGUCUCCCAGACGGGGUUUCUGUUGGGCUCUGCCGGGUAUGGUGCUCUGGCUUGUAUGGGCAUGUGGUGCAUGGUCUUCGGGACGGGCGCUGGACGUACCUCGAAGCGCACCGGCGCCGAUAAACGCACGACAGGAUUCCCGUUCAAGAAUACCAGCGCGUAUGAUAAGAAGAAGGAUCGGAAGAUGGGGUGA